AUGUGUUCUCUGGAUGCCGCUAACACCAAAUUUUGCUUGGAUCUGUACAAAGAGCUGUGCAAGCAAAAUGCUGGAGAAAACAUCUGCUUCUCCCCAUUGGACGUUUCAGCCGUUCUGGCCAUGGUCUUGCUGGGUGCAAAAGGGACCACCGAAGCUCAGAUGAGAAAGGUACUUCAUUUCGACGAGAUCAGAACCUCACGAGAUGGAGACGUCUCUAAAAAGGGACCCCUCCAAGACCACAGUGCAAAACAGCAAUGUGAUAAAUAUGGAGGCGUUCAUUGUCAGUUUCAGGAAUUAUUAUUACAAAUCAACAAACCCACCAAUGACUAUGAGUUAACUAUUGCCAACAGACUUUAUGGAGCAGUGGGUUUUGAAUUCAUUCAGCAAUAUGUACGUAGCACGAAGGAACUAUACCAUUCUGGGCUGGGAAGAGUUGACUUUUUGAAUGCAACUGAAGAAGCCAGAAAAACUAUCAAUUCAUGGGUUGAACGUCAAACAAAAGGCAAAAUCCAGGACCUUUAUCCCUGCGGUGUCCUUGAUCCAUCGACUGUUCUGGUGUUAGUAAAUGCCAUAUAUUUCAAAGGAAAGUGGUUGUCAAGGUUUAGGGAAGAAUACACCAAAGAAAUGCCUUUUUGGCUGAAUAAGAAAGAGAGCAAAAAUGUGCCAAUGAUGUUUCAGCUGGGAAACUUUAAAUUGUGCAGAAUUCAGGACCCUCCCGUUCAAAUUCUUGAACUUCCUUAUGAAGGCGAAGAAUUAAGCAUGAUGAUCCUGCUCCCUGAAGAUGAUGCUGAUGUAGAACAGAUGGCAAGUCGUCUGGACUACGAGAAACUGAAAGAGUGUAUCGAUCUGGGAAACCUGUGUCCCCGGGAAGUGGAGGUGUGGCUUCCCCGGUUUAAACUAGAACAAAGAAUUGAACUUAAGACCGUGUUGCAAUCAAUGGGAAUGAAAGACGCUUUUGUGAGGGGACAAGCAAAUUUCACUGGAAUAUCUGACAAAAUGGGGCUGUUUGUGUCUAAUGUCACUCACAAGUCUUUUGUAGAAGUCAAUGAAGAGGGCACGGAAGCAGCUGCGGCUGCUGGUGUGCAAGUAGUUCCAAUGUGUGCGCAGUUUCCAUUGGAGUUUAAGGCAGAUCGUCCAUUCCUCUUUAUGAUAAAACAGACAAAGGCAAACAGCAUUCUCUUCUUUGGUAAAUAUUCAUCACCAUAA